CCAAGUACCAAAAAUGUAUCUACCUUUUUUCUCCCCAAUACAUCAACAAUUCAACAUUCAUCACUCCUACCAACUCCCGAUAUUUAUCUCUCUCUCUCAUCACUUCCAUAAGUUGAAUUGCUGAACUAGAAACACAGAGCUUUCAAAGACCCUUUCAUUCUCAACAAGAGAAAUUUCAUCAACAAAAAAAUGGCUUUAGAACUAUGGGAAACAUUUAAGGAAGCCAUAACAGCAUAUACAGGUCUUUCUCCUGCAACGUUCUUCACUGUAAUUGCUCUAAGUUUAGCUUUCUACCAUAUGGUUUCUGGGUUGUUUGGAUCAUCUCCUUCUCAGAAUCAUCAACAUCCUAGGUCUAUGGAAGAAAUUGAGCCGUUGCCUCCUCCAGUUCAGUUGGGUGAAAUUACUGAGGAUGAAUUGAAAAACUAUGAUGGUUCUGAUCCCAAGAAACCCUUGCUUAUGGCUAUCAAGGGUCAGAUCUAUGAUGUUUCUCAGAGCAGGAUGUUCUAUGGUCCAGGUGGACCCUAUGCAUUGUUUGCUGGCAAGGAUGCCAGCAGAGCUCUAGCAAAGAUGUCCUUUGAAGAUAACGAUUUGACGGGGGAUAUCUCUGGCCUUGGUCCUUUCGAGCUCGAGGCAUUACAGGAUUGGGAAUACAAGUUCAUGAGUAAAUAUGUGAAGGUUGGAACUCUUAAGACAAAGGAUGUUCCAGCAACUGAUGAGUCCUCUCCUAACGAAACCGUUGAAGCUACUGACAGAGAGGCUCCAAAGCAGGAAGAACACCCACCAUCAGAAAAGCCAGAAGACAGCCCCUUAGAGAAGCCAAUAGCAGAGACUGCAGAAACAUCUCUUACUGAUGCAGAGAAAAAAGAGGAGUAAAUGUACGUCUUUAGCCAUGUACCGAGUUUUGAAAAUCCAGUUUUUAAUGGAGCAUAAAGCCAUGGGAAGGGGUGCAUUUUAGGAAUGGUGUUAAUACUGUGUGGAAUGCUGUCAUGAUUGGGUCCUUCACACAAGAACUUAUUUACUUCAAGUGUUAUUGUAAAUGAACAUAUGCUCGUGUGGACUCCAUUGAAUAAUUAUGAUUGGGAAUACAGCUGAAAUUAUCUCA